ACAGCAGAGGUGGCUCUGGCUAACCUGAAGAGUAAGUAUGAGGCAGAGAAAUCCAUGGUGACCGACACCAUGAUGAAGCUGAGAAAUGAGCUAAAAGCCCUAAAAGAAGACGCUGCUACCUUCUCCUCUCUGCGAGCCAUGUUUGCCACCAGAUGUGAUGAGUAUGUGACCCAGCUGGAUGAGAUGCAGAGGCAGCUAGCUGCAGCUGAGGAUGAGAAGAAGACUCUGAAUUCUCUCCUUCGUAUGGCCAUCCAACAGAAACUGGCUCUCACACAACGUCUGGAGGAUUUGGCUUUUGAUCAAGAGCAGACCAGCCGUGCCCGAGGGGGCAGGAUUAGCCGUGGAAAGACCAGCACCCCUAAAAUAAGUCCCUCAGCUUUGGCUUCAUCGACCAAUAUACCACAAAGCUCAACUCCAGGUGUCUGUCUUCCUGGUGCCAGCCUCCCUAGUCCUACAUCAGUACAUUUUGUUGAUCCUUCAACAUCACACAAACCAUCCCUUAGCCCAUCCUCACCAUUAGCCCCCUUGCUAACAGGGCCUCCUGCACCUGAGAGACCUCCCUCUCUGGAAGCCCCCUCCUCACCACCAAUGCAGACCCCUCCAUCUUCUUCCACAAAACAGACUCAUUCCAAAUGGACCAUGGGAUUACGGACAUUUCUAGUUGACUCCCACAAUUUCAAGGUCAACAUGUCCCCUGCCCUGUCCCGUUGCUCAGCCCUCUCAAGGGUCUACACCUCGGAUUCUCAUGCCUCCCCCACAUAUACCACCAGAUCCAACCAACCAGGAUCUGCUCCCUGCUCCCCUUAUCGCUCCCCUGUUCUGGGCCUAAGGCGCUCCACACGGAACUCCUCAGCCCGAACUCAGCCGCUGUCCAGCAUGACCCACUCCUCAGCCCUUUACACAACUUCCUCAUCUUCCCUUCACUCGUCCUCUUACUCUCCUUCUUACUCCCCCUCCCUUUCCCACACCUACUCUUCUGGCUUCUACAGCUCCUCUCCCACUUUUACCCCCUCUAGCUCCUACCUCAGUUCUGGCGUGUCCUCCUCCUACAGCCACUCGAGCCAGUACACACCCCUUUAUCCCAGAUACUAUAGUCCAUAUCGGCCCCGAGAAUGACUUUCGGCUGCAAGCCCUUUAUGCCUUUUAAAGUCUUCUGCACUCAACUCCUUAGUGAAACAAAAACUGCAGCUUCCAUUCUUCUUUUUGUAAACUGGGACAGAGGAGGCUCACAGAGAGGACGGUGUCAUGGUUUUCUGUCUCCCACUUCCUGUUGUCCUUGUGCCUACACCUCGGCCAACUGGUUUUGAAUGUACACUGACUUUCCUCAGGGAUUUAAUAAAAGGAGCACAAGUGGCCCUG